UCCAGAAAAUAGUACUAAUUAUAAUCUAGGGUUUCACAGCUGGUUUACAAUUAAACCAUUCUGCUUCUCUGCAAGCAAAUCAUGGCGAAGAACAGAAACAACAAGAAGAGAAACGGUGUCGCUUCAAUGGACACAACGGAACCAACCGUUUCAGACAUUCCUCAAGCAAUGGAUACAACAGAAUCUGUUGUGCGAAAGCCGGCUUCUGGGUCUAAUACUACUGCCAGUAUUAGAAAGGUGAAGGGAAGACAAAUGAAAAGAUCUAAAAAUGUUCGAAAGAUAAAAGCUAUAGAAAAAGCUAUUUCAAAAAGUGAGAAGUGUGUGGAGAAAAUCGGUAAGAGCGAUAGCAAGAAAGCCAGAACUCAAUCUGCAAAAUUGCUCUAUGAGUAAAUGGUAUAAUAACCAGUUUCCCUUGUCACUAUAUGGUCUUGGCUUCGGAUGCUUCAAAUCCAAGGCUCGAAUCUGGUACAAAGAAAACUUUGGUAUGAAAAAUUGUCUGCUCUAUUAGGCGUAUUCCUAUGUUACUAGUUUAAUUCAAUUUUCUUACCGCACAUUAAAAAUCUAGCCUAGUUUGAUUCUUUUGCUGCAUUUUUGAAAAUAUAUAUAACUAGUUUUUUGUAUCACGCCUCAAGCUCUGAUUCUAUACUAGUCAUUUUGAUGAAUUAUUUUUGGAAUA